AUGUUUGGACGCAUAGGACGUCUGUAUCUAAGCUUUGUGCAAAAAAGAUGUAUGAGCUUGAUGGACUCAAGUUCUAAUAAACUAUAUGAGAGCCUUCUUAAAAAGUCUUAUUUGCUACCUGAAAGUGGACAUGAUGUCCUUAUUAUUCAACCGUGUGUGAAGGGUGUAUGCAAUAUCAGAAAUAACGCAACCAAAGGUGAGCAUACUCCCAAUAUAGACGAAGCUAUAGCUCUAAUUGAUUCUCUAGAAUUUUGGACUACUGUUGAUGUAAUCUCAUGUAAUGUAAGAAAUCCACACCAUAAUUCACAAACAUUUUUCAGUAAAGGUGUUUGGGAAGAAAUAUCCAGAAUCGUAGUCGAAUAUCGUGAUGGUCAAGCACCUAUUGAAACGCAGGAUAAACUUUCCACUAAAUCCAAUAAUCAAGUAGUUAAAAAACGAGCAACGGCAGUUCUUAUCAACUGGUCACGUCUGACAACAUCUCAACUUGCAUAUAUUCAACAGGCCUGGCUAAUGCCUGUUUAUGACCGUUACACGCUUGUUGUUCAACUUUUCACCCUUCGAUCACGAACUCCAGAGGCAAAAGUUCAAGCGAAAUUAGCUGAACUUGGUUUACUUCGAUCUCGUAUUCCAGCAUUCUUUCAAACAUCUGGUAUGAUUGAAAGUUUAGUUAACAGAUCUGAUUUCGCUUGCAAAGAACAAUUGAUGCAAAUAAUUAAUGAAAAAGAAACGCAUCUAUUAAAUCAGUUGGAAAAAAUAUCAAAACAACGUGUUAAUCAUAAGCGUAGUCAUCGGAGGGGAAUGGAGAAACAUCACUUACCGUUGGUUGCAGUUGUUGGUUACACCAAUGCUGGGAAAACUAGUCUAAUACGCUAUUUAAGCAAAUCAGACAAACUUACCUCAUGCCCAGAAGUUUUUGCCACUUUGGAUAUUACUCAUCAUAGGACACGAUUGCCUGUACCUACAACAUCUGACGACAGUAUGGCCCCUGACCAAUGUACCGGUGGUAUUGGAUUACCUGGUAUACAAAUGUUACUACUGGAUACAAUAGGAUUUAUGUCCGAUCUUCCGACUAGCUUGUUGGCGGCAUUUCGAGCUACACUAAACGAAUGUUUAGAAGCAGAUCUAAUUCUUCAUGUUGUUGAUAUUAGUCAACCUGAAUGGAAUUCACAUAGUAAUCAUGUCGAGGAACUAUUAAAAGAUAUUGGCAUUCCUACUGAACAAUCUGAUAAUCUUGAUGAUAAUAGCAACGCCCUCGAUGUACCUCCUAAAAUUUUAAGAGUUGGAAACAAAAUUGAUCGAAUUGAUUCAGAAUUUAUAUCUACUGGAUUCGACGCCUUAGUGUCCGCCAAGAGUGGAAUAGGCAUGAAUGAGCUUACUUCGAGAAUUCAAUCAUUGUUAAUGAAACGUCUUGGAUGGUUUUCACGCACUGUAGAUAUUAGUCAAGGUGGCUCCUGCCUUCAGUGGAUCUACUCAAACGCCAUGGUGACAAGUGUACAAGCAUCUCCUUCAAGUGCACAAAGACUCAGAGUAACUGCAAUAUUCACCCCUGUUACUUGGAUUAACUUCCGCAAAACAUUUCAGAUGAAAUCCUUUUGA